AUGUGGAGAGUUCAAGACCGAGGAUGUUUCGGGGUUUUAUCUUUUCCCAUGAUGGUGGCCAUGGUCUGCUGUGCACAAAGCGUUAAUGAGCCCAGCAACAUGUCAUAUGUGAAAGAAACCGUGGACAAAUUGCUCAAAGGAUAUGACAUUCGCUUAAGGCCUGAUUUUGGAGGUCUCCCUUUAGAUGUUGGAAUGAGCAUAGACAUCGCCAGCAUUGAUAUGGUCUCAGAAGUCAAUAUGGAUUAUACUCUCACAAUGUACUUUCAACAGUACUGGAGGGACAAACGGCUUUCCUACUCUGGAAUACCGCUCAACCUGACACUAGACAACAGAGUGGCAGAUCAGCUGUGGGUGCCUGAUACCUACUUCCUCAAUGACAAGAAAUCAUUUGUGCACGGGGUCACAGUGAAAAACAGAAUGAUCCGGCUGCACCCUGAUGGGUCAGUGCUCUACGGUCUCAGAAUUACCACUACAGCAGCUUGCAUGAUGGAUCUGCGCAGGUAUCCCCUUGAUGAGCAGAACUGCACUCUGGAGAUAGAAAGCUAUGGCUACACCACUGAUGACAUUGAGUUUUACUGGAAAGGUGGAGAAACUGCAGUUACAGGAGUCGCCAACAUUGAAUUGCCACAGUUCUCCAUCAUGGAUUAUAAAAUGCUGUCCACAAAAGUGAAGUUCACAACAGGAUCAUAUCCCAGGUUGUCACUCAGUUUUCAACUGAAAAGAAACAUAGGCUACUUCAUCUUGCAAACAUACAUGCCUUCAACUCUGAUAACAAUUCUGUCCUGGGUGUCCUUUUGGAUCAACUACGAUGCUUCUGCUGCAAGAGUUGCUUUGGGAAUUACAACUGUGCUGACAAUGACAACCAUCAACACUCAUCUCAGGGAGACUCUGCCUAAGAUCCCUUAUGUAAAAGCCAUUGACAUUUACCUGAUCGGGUGUUUUGUGUUUGUGUUCUUGGCCCUCCUGGAGUAUGCCUUUGUGAACUACAUAUUCUUUGGAAGGGGACCUCAGCUCCAAAAGAAGGCAGCAGAAAAAGCAGCAAAGGCCAACAAUGAGAAGGGUAAACUAGAAACCAACGAAGUGCAGGUUGACGCCCAUGGAAACAUCCUUCUAACCACCCUGGAAAUCAGAAACGAAGUCAGUGGCUCUGAGGUUUUGACAAGCGUAAAUGACCCCAGAGCCACUAUGUUUUCUUACGAUAGUGCCAGCAUCCAGUACAGAAAGCCAAUGACAAGUCGAGAUGUCUAUGGGAGGAAUGCAGCAGACAGACACGUGGUUCAUAAGAAGGGUCGCUUACGGAGAAGGACUUCGCAACUCAAAAUCAAGAUUCCUGAUUUGACUGAUGUUAAUGCCAUAGACAAGUGGUCCAGAAUCAUUUUUCCUAUCACAUUUACAUUUUUUAAUGUUGUCUACUGGCUUUAUUACGUGCAUUAGGUUGGUCAUUUGUUUGUUCUGCACUGUAUGUGUUUAUUGAUGAAGUUACUUGUAUUUAUUAACACGUAAAGAACUGCAAUAUAUACUUGCAAGGUCAAGGUAAGGUGUUCACCAUUUUGUUUUUGUGUCCGUGUACCUGUAUGUAUCUAAUGUUUUUUAUCCAUUUUAUCCAGACCCUAAUAACAUCUUUUUAAUGACUUUAACUUUCAUAUAAAAUGUGUGAGAAUUCCUACAGGGAUUUAAUUUGUUAUGGCUUCGAGCACUGUCCAUGCUCCAGAAGAGACACCCAUUUUGCAUUUGAUGAGCUGUGAAAUAAUAAUUAUAAACACAGAGCAGGAAGACACUGAAUCCUUCCUGUGCCCAACCCAGUGAAGUUUAGAUUCGGCCUUGUAUGUCCCUUGUGACAAGAGAAUAUAUAUAUAUAU